AUGGCCCCCAUCCAGUCACCCGGCCAGCCCCAAGAGCCGUUAACACAUAAUGGCGCCAAACACGAAAAGCAUCCCGACCUAGAGAGCAAUCACAAGUGGCCUCAGCCACCUGGGUUCGUGAAUGCUUUCGACAAGGUUGUUGUAUUUGCAGGCACGCCUCUCGUUUUCUUCUUUAUGAUUGCCGGCUUACUCGCCUGGCUGAUUAUUGGCAUUGUGCUAGGACCGUCCCAGGCGUGGCAGAUUGCGAUGCAGAACGUUAGCUCUAUCCAGUGCUAUGUCUCCGAUACCCUCCUUAUGCGGCAGCAGCGCAACAACUCGCGCGACCUGUUGAGCUUGGUCUGUGUUCUCCGCUCGCGGAAUUCAGCCUGCCGACGUAUACUGGAAAAACUGCACCUAACCAAUCCCAGCUACUUUGACUUCAAGGUGCAAAGUGCGGGUACGGAGAUCGAGCUGGAUAUCCAACAAAUUGAUGAUGGCGUCCAUCUCCCGCGUCACAGCCUAUACGAUCGAAUAUGUGACCCCAUUGUUUGGGCAUUUAGCUCUCUCUACGCGUGGGUGACCUUCUGUAUCGGGAUCUCCGUCUGGCUAGGUUUCGGUCACGAGCAACAGUGGGGCAACAAUUGGCAGCUAUAUAUCAAUAGCGCAACGGCUGUUGAAAUCACUUUUGUCAGUGUCUUUUUGCAAAAUACCCGACAGCGUCACAUGAGGUAUCUCAAAGAGUGUUUUGCGUUGAUCAUGCAUGAGGAUAUGUGCCUAGAGAACCGAUUGCGCGAAAUCACGGGCGACUCAGAACCAAACCCCACUGCGGAAUUCAAGUACGAUUAUAAAACAGAAACUACUCGAGGCCAGCGAUUGAUCGACUAUUAUGGAGCGAUCAUCGGCACGGGCAUUGGACUGGUUUUAUCGACGAUUGUAUUCGCGGUGUGGAUCGGCAUCGGAUCGACGAUGCAAUGGAGUUCGAACUGGUGGCUGAUCAUCGGCACAUACACGGGACUCGUAGGAUUCGUCGACGGCUUCGUGUUGCGGAACGCCUACUUCGGCGGGUCCCGGGUGGUUGACGGGCAGUUCGACGUGCUGGCUAAUGCGGACGCCCAGCUAGGCGACUUGCUUGGGAUAUCGGAACUUUCCCCAGACACCGUCGAGUUAGACUCCCUGCAGACUCGCAUUGCCAACAUAAUCGGCGAGUGGUGCUCCUGCUCGGGUGCCGUGAUAGGUUCCUUUGUGACCGUGCUGGCAGUAUUGAGCAUUGCUACUGCUAUGCACUGGUCGGAAACAGGACAGCUGAUCUGCAACACGCCGACCAUGAUUAUUGAGGGUUUCCUGCUGUUAGUUUUGAUGCAAGCGCAUAACAUGACCAACACACACCGGCGGCUACAGCUCCGCAGCGCUCUCCGGCGACGACUGGCUAUAAAUUCGCAGAUUUAUCGUUUUAUUUCGAACGGGGUUGAGAAGAUUGGUUGUGAGAAGGAUUCUCAAGGACGAAGUCUUGGCAGUUAA